AUGAAAGCUCCACCCGAAUCGGCACUGGCUUCGAAGGCAGCCUCAAAGGCAAAGAAAGCGCGCCGGGCACCGGCCAAGAGCUUGGCGGAGGGGCCGGAAUCGGGUUUCCGAAGGUUCUCCACCCCCAACGGCUUCUCUGUUCUUAUCGGGCGCAACAAUCGACAGAACGAUCUCCUGUCCCUGAAGGUUGCCAAGGGCGAUGAUUUGUGGUUCCACGCCCGGGGCGUACCUGGUGCGCAUGUGGUCCUCAAGGCCCAGAGCGGUAGAGACCCAGAGCACGAAGACGUCCUGUGUGCAGCGAACCUUGCAGCCUGGUUCUCAAAGGCAAAAAACGACAGUAAAGUGAACGUGACACAGACAACGGGGGCGCACGUGUCCAAGCCGAAAGGAGCACCGCCAGGGCUCGUAUCAGUUUCGAAGGAGACUGUUGUUGUAGCAAAACCCCACAGGAGCAUGGCAGUCCAAUCCCAAGACUUGCGAAAAUAG